UUUACGACCUAUCUUUGGUUGCUGAAAAUAAUUAAUUUUGCAUAACAAUAAAAUAUUUGAUCAAUCAACAAAACCUUUUUGUAACAUUAUAACAACAAUAUGUAUUGACAGUUUCAGAAACACAAAUAAAAACAAUAGCAAAAUUAAAACGUCGUGUAAUCAAACGAAUGUUCUCGUUUUUGGUCUACUUCCUGUCUGCGCCUUACUUCCGGUCUAAAUUUCUGACACCGGUGUGGUGAACAACUUGAGAAAUUACACUUAAAACUGCAGUCAUUCAUUUCAAGAGAUCAAGAUGGCAGAUGUGAAGAAGUUGGUGUUUGCUAUAAUGAGGUUCAUGGAGGAUCAGAAAGUAACUGGGGAUCUUGAUGAAGAUUCCUUGGAGAGCCUUGAGGUUGGACUACAGUGCUUAUCCAAUGCCUAUGGUCUAGAUAUGACCGACCCUAGUCAGAUUGCUAAAUACCAGGUACAGAAGAAUCUCCUGGAUAUAUUCAACUCACAACUUAGUUUAGAGCCUGAUUCUGAUUUUUCAACAUUAUCCUUACAUGAACCUACAGAGGAAGAGAAACAACAAGCAGAGGAUAAGAAAGCAACAGGAAAUGAAUUUAUGAAGGCUGAGAAGUAUUCAGAUGCUGUGGAGUAUUACACUCAAGCGAUUAAACUUGACAACAAAAACCCUGUCUACUAUUGCAACAGAGCAGCAGCAUACAGUAAAAUAAACAAACAUGACCUCACCAUAGAGGAUUGUCAACGGGCACUGUCUAUAGACCCAUGCUACAGUAAAGCGUAUGGAAGGAUGGGGAUUGCGUACACAGCUCUAGAUGACCACGAAAGUGCCCUGGAAUGCUACAGAAAGGCCCUUGAUCUUGAUCCUGGCAAUCAGACACAUCAGAAUAAUCUUGAAAUAUCUGAACAGAAACUAAAGGAACGAGCAACACAGACUGGAUUUAACAUGGGAGCAGCAGGAAUGCAAGGGAUGGCAGGAAUGCCAGGGAUGCCAGGAAUGCCUGGAAUGCCUGGAAUGGACAUUGGUGCAAUGUUAAACAAUCCCGCUAUGAUGAAUAUGGCUAGGACAUUCAUGCAAGAUCCAGGACUGCAACAAAUGAUGACAAACAUGAUGUCGGGGGCUCAGUCAGGAGGUAAUCCAAGUUCCAUGGGACUUCUACAAGUAGGCCAGCAGCUGGCUGCUCAAGUACAGGAAACUCAUCCAGACUUGGUGGCACAACUCCGGGAACAGAUGGGACGACCUAAUGGAGAAAACCCAGAUGCACAAAGCGAAGGAGGAAAUCCCCCACCACAAGAACCUCCCGCCCAGUAAUAAAAACCAUGGAACUGACACUGCUUGGACCCGUCUCAUCCUUCCUAGGCAAUAUCGCUGACGACAUCAAAAGGUGUUGCAUGACUUACAAAUGAGCUACUAGACCGAUACAAAUGUCACAUGACUUGAACAGAAGUCACAUGACCCGUCUACAAGUUGAUGACUGAAGCAGGAGUCACAUGACUUAGGAUUAAGAAUAUUCCAACAUAAGCAACAUGGCUUCAAAUUAAAAGAAGUCGCCUGAUUACAUCAGUCAUGUGACUUCCAAUACCAAUCACAUGAUUCCAUAGAUGUCAUGACUAGAAUUAUUUGUCAUGUGUAAUGUGAAACAAAGUGUGUGAGUUGUUUUGGUAGUGUUAGCACUGGAGCGUGACAGAUCCCCUGAGUGAUAACUGUGCCAGAAAGGCAUGAAUAUGCAUUGGUUUCAUGUUCCAAAGUGUUAUUCACCUUUCACCUUGCACCGUGAUUAAGAAGUCUACAAAGUGCUGUAAACAAUACCUUUAUCACCAUGUGUCAUCAAUGACAGAUUUACCUGGCAUUGUUCAGUCAAUAUUGAAAGGUUGCAAUUCAAAAAUGGAAAAUUCUCACAAUUUUUCAUCAUUAUUAUUUAAUGAUUCCAGUUAAUGAUUUGGUGGACCAAUCCAGAAUCUUCUUUAAUAUGAGGUAAUAUGUGAAGUGGUGCCAUCUUGAGUGACGUUAUAGUUUUAUACAUCACACUUUAGUUCAUUAUAUCUAAGGUCAUUUAAAAGCCAGCUGGAAUUCCAUUUAAGUUCCCCAUACACAUGUGUUUCAAUAUACAUGUCUCGUGUGAACAUAAAAGUCACUAUCCCUAGUGUGAGGUUUACAAUCCACUGUCCCUAGUGUGAGGUUUACAACCCACUGUGUUUCGUGUUAAUGUUACCUAUCAGGUGAUAGUUCAACAGCUGAUUUUUAAUGACUUUGGAAGACGCUUCUCUGAUUUUGGAUUGGUUCACCGAUUUCUUUACUAUACAAUUUAAUUUCAUUCAUUACACUGCGUAAAUAUUGGAAAACUUUAUAUAUUAUUCAGAUCUCCAUGUUUCUCAUUAAAAUAUGUUUAUUACUGGGUUAUGAGAUCUGUUUAGAUGGAGUGAGAGUACAUUGUAUAGAUGUUUAUGUGUUGGGGAUAUUUGUACUGCACACAGCAGAACAUCAGUUGUUUAGUUGAUAAAAAAUUAUAUGUCCUGAAUUUCUUCUCUACUGUUACAACAGCAGGAGAAUCAAUAUAUUUGACGGUGCUAGAAACAUUUGUGUAUAGCCCAAACGAUUUAUCAUACUAAACGACUGGUAGUCACAAAUGGCCACAGUAAAAUGUAGACUCUGCACUUAUUUAAAAAAAAAAAAAAAAAAAACGUGGAAAAAACAAAGAAAAAACAGAACAUGUUUAUUACAUAAAUAAAUAACUUCCUUGACAAAAAGAUUGCUGAAUGCUAGUUGGCUGCCUGGUUCUAUGAUUUUAUCUGUAGCUGGACUCGGCUAAUGACCAUGGAUCAAAAAUCAUUUAUACUAUAUUGAUAUAUUAAAGAUUAAUAUUGUGAUUGUAAACAAUUAAAAUGGUCAUUUUGUAUGAAUUAUUCACUGAUUUUUUUCUUAAGACAUGUCAGCUGUAAUAAUGACAUCCAGUUUUAAUUUAUUUUGAUCGUGGUUGAAGGACAGAACUGUUUAUCCAUUCCUUUGUUUCCUUGUACUUCAUUAAUAAUGAUACAGAUACAUGUACAUGACAUUUUCUCAAAACUAGGUAACUUUGUAUAAACUAAUACUUCAUCAUUCUAUAUAGGUUUAUAUUAGUGCCAGUACUUUAAGGAUUGUAAAACCUUAAAUACAAAAAUGUGUUAUCAUGAAUACUAUAUUACUGCUACUAAUCUCUUACUACAUUAAUACUGUGCUGCCAUCGAUACAGUUCCACUGUUAGGUUGGUGUUACCAUGGAUACAUUGUCAUUGUGAGAUCUGUGUUACCAUGGAUACACUCAAUUUGAUAGCUGUGUUACCUUGGAAACAGUGUCACUGUGAGAACUGUGUUACCAUGGAUACACAUUGUGAUACUGUGUUACCGUGGAUACAGUGUCACUGUGAGAACUGGGUUGUCAUGUAUGCAUCGUUAACUCGGAUACAAUGUAACUGGGACCUUUACCAUUCAUACAGUGUUUCUGUAUGUACUAUGUUAUCAUAGAAACAGUGAUGGGGUAUGCUAUAUUGCUACACAGCGCCAUGACUACAGCAGUGUUCAUUUGAAUAAUGAUACAAUCAUGAAUCAUUGAUAUAAUAGUACUAAGCAUAGUACAAGAAUACUGUGUUUAUCACCUUCAUAACCACUGAUUCACAUAAAUUUACCAUGGUCUGGAUAUUCAAAGAUUACAUUCCCCGAGUUUCAUGACUUUUUAAUGUAUAUGUAAAAGUGUUUUUGAAAAAAUCUACACUUCUUAAUGCAGCGAUAUAUAUGGGGAUUCAAAAUAACCAUUUUCAUGAAAGAAAUUUGAUAAUACACUGUACUAGCAAAGACAUUUUGGACAUUUAGAAAAUAUAACCGGAAACUUUUGCUGUGUACUAACAUUCAGUGUGUUAGCAAUGCAGAGGAACUACAAAAAUUAGUAGAGGAUGUUUUCAAACACAUAUUCUUAUGCCUUUUUCUGCUGGUUAGCUUUAAAAAAUGUACAACAGUAAAACUGUUAGAUUGAAAGCCUAGGAAUCAAGUACACACAGGAAACUUAAAAUUACUAGAAUUCAAAGUUUCAGAUAUUUAGAAAUAAUUCAUUUAUUUUAAAGAUGAAUAUCAAUAUAAAGUUUAAAAAAUGAGUUUGAAGGUUUGAACAGUUGGGCAUUGCCUAUGAUAAUAGACAGCCAAUGCAUUUAGUUACACAAGAGUGUGCCAAACUCGACUGAAUGCUAUUUUUGUUAUCCUAAACUCUAAAUGAAUUCUUUUAAUCGUUAUUUAUUAUCAAUAAAUGUUUUAGAACCGACCAUUAUAGAUAUAAAGUAAUACAUUCUAAUACUAAUGAAAUGUUGCAAAGCAUUUCAUCUUCUUAAUAUAUAGUAAGCAGUCUCAUACAAAGUUGCCUUUUGAAUUCUAUUUUCUCAUUGCUAUUUUAUUAUUGCAGGGAUUUCAUGUCAUAAAUUCUACUGUGUAUAUAUAACAAAUUGGAAAACUGCCUUUUUGAAUAAAUAUUUUACCUGAGAAUGUUUAUUUGUAAUUAAUGGUAUUUAAAUCAUAAAUGAAUUAUAAAUAUAAAUUUGUCUUUCAUUCAAUUUUCAAGAUAGCAGAUUGGUUCUGAACUGCUGGUGGUUGUGUUCAUAUGUAUUAUACAUAACUUUGUGCUUGCAUUCAUAUAUAUAUUUGAGGAAUCAAUGAGAUCUAGUUCUAGGGAAAAACCUUUUAAAUGAAGAAUUUCCCUAAUUAAUCAAUAAACUUAUAACAGUAGAAAUAAUGUAUACAAGUUCCUGAAUCUAAUCUUCGGAAACCCAGAGUUUUUAGAUAGUCUGAUAACUUGGAAGGUUCCAAUGUAUAUGAUAGUAUUAGAUAAUAAACGGUAAAUAUCUGCAUUCAGAAGUUUUUUAAUUUUUGAUGUUAUUCACCUUUCUGUUGAUAAAGAUGGGAAUACACAUUUUUUGCAAGUUACAAAUGAAUUAAAACUCAUAUUCUGAGUUUUGCGUUAUUGUAUUUUCACCAUCUGAAACAUUGGGUUUUGAUUUACCAUAAUGCAACUAAAAGAAACAGGAAACAUCUUAUUGAUAUACAUUGUAUUUAUAAUCAAACCAAUAAAUUGUGCAUAAUAUAAUUUGUAAUGCUAAGUUUUGGAAAACAAAAAACACAAACUUUUGACACUCUCUUAAUAUCUUUGUUUUCCCCAAAAAAUGUUUUAGCAAGAAGGAAUCUAUUCAGUUUUUGCUGCCAGUGGUACCUUCAGUUUAAAUAUACAAGUAUUAUUUUUACAUGUAUUUGUUCAGGAAAAUAAAUGACCCUAUCAUCUAGAAAUAUGAAAUUUCUAAGGAACAUAUUGAAGAUUGUUCUAAAUACAUGUUUGAAGUUUUGGGGCUAUAACAAGGAAUUGGACAAUGUGUAUAUGUUGUAAUGUGCUGUCAUCUUUAUAGUGCUAUAAUGCUUGGGACUUGCAUUGCGUUUAAAAAUAACAUUAAAUGAUAGGUUUGAUUAAGAGAGAGAACAAGAGAGAGAAAGAGAAAAAUCCAUAUUUCAUUUAAAAUUAAAAUAAUUAAAAUAAGCUUGCUAUGAGCGCUAAUUAGUUUUGUUUGAUAUUUAUGCAGUGGUGUAUUGCAGAACUAUUUCUUGUGGGGAAAAAUGGUUCAAAUCAGAUGCAAAUUGCUUCAUGAGAUUGAUUUUUUUCUUUGCCUUCACUUAUAAAACAGUUGAAAAUAAAGGUGAAUGAAAUAUGUUCAAAUGUAUAGUUUAAAAAUGGAUCUAUUUGUAUUUGGUCGGACACUAAGUAGAUUCUGCAUUCUUUCAUUCGGUCCAAAUAAACUAGUAGUACCAAACGCAUAUUUUCAUUGCCCUGGAGCUUCAAAUAAAUUUACUGAUGAUUUUGUGUGCUAAUCUAGGGUAACGGAAGCCUAAUCACAGGAACCUUGCCUCCCCUAUAUUAUAAGAGAUAGGUGGCAGUGAUCCCUUCCUGUACUCCAUACUUUUAAUUUAUCUUCAAAAUCUUUUCAAGAAUUGUUCUCAGAACAAAUUAAUAGUGAAAAAUACCAUAGUUUAAACUGUAAUAUGAAAUGAUUUGAUUGAAAUUUAGCAAAAAGGUGAGCUGUAAAAAAAAUGUGAUAAUUUCAAAGGUGAAAAUUAAAUAGUAAAAAUGUAUUCUCCCUACAAAGUAGAAUACUUGGCAACAAGGUAUUAUCAAUUAAUUCAAAUGAAUAUAUAGAUUUUAUAAAUCAACUAAGUUUAUGCAUUUAGAGUCAUGCAGCAUACAUGUUCAUCUUUGAUAUAUCGGAGCUAAAUAUAAGUUGUGUUUAAUUCUAGUCUCCAGCAACUAUUGAUCUUCUGGAUUUUCCACUGCGGAUGUGCUUAUUUUAUUGUUUAAGGGAUGUUAGGUCAAGCCAAUUUGAUUGUUUAGGGAUGUAAGGGUUCAUUAUAUGAAUGUUGAUUUUGUAAGUGAAUAUAAGGCCAAUCCAAUUAUUUUCGUUAUGGAGCAUGUCCAUAUAUUAUAUGGACAUGAACGUUUAAGUUACAACAUUUUUAUGGGACAUGUCAUUAUAUUGUUAUGUACACAUACUUUUUAAUAGAGAUACCCUUGUAAGUCAAGUAAGUCUCUGACCACAGAGUGCAUCCUUAUAUGGACAUGCACAUAUCUACCUGUUUGUAGUGCUAUUUGGAGUACCAACACUAGUAUGUUAUCACUAUUAUCGACCAGUAUACAAGGCAAAGGUAAUCCGCAUGUUGAAAACGUAUGUUGCUGUUCAAUAGGAAAACAAUCUGUACAAAACUAGAGGAUUGCUUGCAUUUUGUGUGGAAUUUUUGUUCAGGAUCAUUCUGUGACAAUAUUGAUUUAGACUCGAUUUUGUUAUUGUGCUAGUUGUAGCAAUAUCCAUCGAAAAUCCAAACAUUCGAGAUAUAUUGGAGCAAUAGUGAGAACAAAAGUAUCCCCGAAAUCAAAGCAAGAAUCCAUUUUGAGAAAAACAAUUCACAACAAUUGAAGUUAAAGCAGCGAUUGUUUAGCAAUAUGUAAACGUAGAACAACAUUAGUUAGUAACUGCUUGUAAUUAGUAACGUGGAUGAUAAUUGGUUGUACAUUUGUGAAUAAAAUAGAAUAUCAUUGACCUUUUUAA